AUGUUCGUCAUGAUGAGAAGUGAGUUCCUCUCCGUGCUCCUGCUAUGCUGCCAAGUGAAUGGGCAGAGCCACGGCGGCGGGUUCAACCCGUUCGAGGUGUUCCAAGCCUUUUCGGGGAUCGGAAGCUCUGGAUCGUAUGAGAGGCCCAAUUCGUUGAUGAAUUUGCUGAUGAACAAGGAUGGAAAACCACGUAAGGAAUUAUUAUAUAAUGCAAAGAAAAUUUUAAGUAGCGUAUUUUAACUUGAAAUCUGCCCUUUUUCCCGUUGUUUUUCAAUUCAGCGGCGCAAUCGCCGCAGCGACAUUAUGCUCAUUAUUUUCCCGAAAGACUGAUAUGCUCUAAAAAGACAUUUCAAAUAAUGUUUGGGGGGUAUGGCUUAAAGUGUUUACAAAAUGUAACAAAAAUCUCAGCGUCGCCCUUGCGACCCUCCCGUUGAAACUUGUUUUUACUUUGACGUAGCCCUAUGUUCUCCUUUCCUCUGGACUCUGUUGGAAUUUGAAUGCCUUAUACAUGAAAUUCAUCAACCUAAUUUUGUUCAUCAGAGGCCCUGUCUGUCGGGAAAAUAGUGUGCACAAUAUCGCUUUGUGUCGCUGAAGUAAAAAGCAAUUAGUUUUUCUUUGCGAAAUACGUCCAGAGAAUCUCUCACGAUGACAUCCUUAAGAUGUGCCAGUGGGAUAAACAACAGCUCUAUAUGGCCAGGAGCACUUUCGAGAGUAUGCUGAAAAAAUUUCUGGCGUUACAAAAUCUCAAAAUGCGGAAAAAAAAUUUCGCAUAAAAAACAAUUUUUUUUGUGGGCACUUUAGAGAGUACUCCUAGCCUUAUACAGCCGUUGUUUAUAUCAUUAGCAGGUUAUAAAUAGGCGUCAUGAUGACACAUUUUCUGCACACACAAAUAUCGGUCUGUCGGGGAAAUAAUGAGCGCAAUGUUGCAUCGAAAAUCGCAUCGCAACCGAGAAAAUGAAUUGCGUCGCAGGAAAAUCAAAUUUCUUUUUACAGUAACACAUUAUGAACGGGUGUCAUCAUGACACACUUUCUGCACACACAAAGAUUUUUGUUCCUAGCCAUGUAUAGUCUUUGAAUCCGUUUUUCAGAGGUUUCAGUGUCGCUUGGAGCUCCAAAAAUCUUUCCUUACGCUCACAAACCUCAACCAACCGAGCAAAGUUCACCUUCCCCCUCCAAAUCUACUCUAACUUCACCCGAAAGCGAAAGGAAAGUAAAAGGGACGGGAUUUGAAGACUUGGAGCUUCAACCAAACUGGGCCGAAGAGGUCGAUGAAAGUUUUUCGGAGGAUGGCAGUGGAGAGGAAGUGGAAAAACCAAAGAAAACCAGCGAAAAACCAGUGGAAAAGAAAAAAAGUUAUAUCGAUCUGGCCAAAUGCUUUUUGAAGUAUGGACGAGAAGUGAGUUUAUGAGAUAUUACACAUAUAUAGUUGUACAAUAAAAACUUUUUUUGCCCAUGACAAAGUUUUUUCGAAAAGUCAUCGUUUUUUUCAUGAAAUUUGAUGAUAAAAGCAUAAUUUUGGCCUAAAAUCAUCAAAAAAAGCCCGCUAAAAUUGCUUUGAAUACAUAAACUGAGUCUUUAUAUAUUUUUUAUAAAUAAACUGCACAGUAAUUUGUCGAUGAACACGAAUUAUUCAACUUUUUUCAGAACGAAAAGCUUGGAUUUUGCUUUGGAUUGAAUGAAUCCGCAACCAGACCGUUUUACUUGGCCUCGCAGUCAAACGAACAGGUAAGUUGGGUAAAAUACGACUGCUGCUAUCAUAGCAGCAAUACUUCUUUGACACAAAGCGUCCGAAUUUUCUGCAAUGAGCACGAAAUCGGGCUGACAAUUCGUAAAGUCAUCAAUUUUGGUGUUCUUACAGAAAUGGUCAUAACUUUUCGAAUUCUAAAGAUAUCCGUAAGAUUUUUUGCAGUUUGGAAGCGUGCUAUAUACCAAUGAUAUAUCCAAAAUAUUACAAAAAUUGGCUCAUUGCCUCAGGCGCUAUAGGCCAAAAAGGUCGGUGAACUAAGAUUUUUUUCGAUUUUGAUGACCUUAACAAAAAAAGUUGCAUAAAUGAUGCCCUAAGGGUUUGUUUCAAAAAUCCUUUUACGUUAUGUUACUACAGGGUAUUGGUAUGCCAACUGUAAAGUUUCAUCAAAAUUCAUGCAAGGGUUUUCGAAUAAUCGCGGUUUGAAUUUACCCUACCACAUCAAAAUUCGCGAAAAACCAACCCUCAAAUUUUCAGCUCGAAAACAACUGUCGCGGCAGCUACGACCUCAACGAGUUUAUCAAGCAACGUUCGGUCCACAAAGACCUCGAAACCAACCAACUCAACUGCGAACCCACUCUACAGCAUCAUCAAAUCAACGUUGAUUUCGAGGAGUUUGAACGGGGUUCGGUUCAAAUUAUCCAACAAUGGCGGUUGGUGAACUCAACAAAGACCGAAACCCGCAAUUUCCGCGAUGAAACUCAGCGAUUCACUGAGAUUGUGAAGGUCAACACCGAGGUUUAUGGGUUGGAAUGCAUUCAUUUCGCGAAAACAAAUGAUUUUUGGAUCAUGAAUCAAAAAGGAGGGAUUUUGCAUGGAAGAAAUUUUGUGAGUCGAAUCUACAGAGGUGUUUGUUGUAUCACAGGGCUAGAAAUUUUAGGUAGAUGUGAGAAAAUAAGCGUACUUUGAAUUUUUGAAAAAAAAAAUUUUUUUUUUGAUUUUUUUUUUAAAUUUUGCCUAUAGCUUCUAAAAAGCUCACAAAUCAUUCCCUAAAAAUCUCAGCCCACAAUUUUCAACGGCAAUCAAGAUAUUCAACAAACUUUUUUUUAGAGAGCACACAAAAUGAGGAGAGUCGGCCAGACAAAAAAAAACUUUUUUGCCUAUAACUUUUUUAUUUCUGCUUCAAAAAUUUUGAAUUUUUGUAAAAAUAUUACACAUCCUACUAGUAAUUAACCCUGUAAUUUUUUGCCCGAAAAUCGUAAAAAAAUUUUUAUUUUUUUUUUUUUUUGAAAUUGACCAAAAAUAAAAAAAAAUCGUUUUUUUCGUGUGAGAAAAAUGUAAAAAUGUCUCCAAAUUCGACUCAAAUUUCAUCAAAGUCCAAAAAAUUUUUACUUUCCCAAAUUUUUCAGGACAACGCCAAAGACAAAACCUUGUUCUACCAGUUCCGCAUUGACCGUCUCCGAGCCGAUGGAGAAUGGGGAUUUCCGUUGAAAACUGCAAUCGAAGAGAUCCCAGCGCCCUCUUCAAGACUCGGGAUUAACUGCGAGUUGAGGAGACAGCACCGUUUCCUCCAUUGGCAUGAUGGUUUGGCCAAGGCAUAA